AGCAUUGUCUCGUGCGUAGUCCUUAACAGUCAACAAUGCAGUCGGGAAUGUGACGUUAGUUCAUUGCGGUAUAAAGUUUGGAUGAGACACGUUCAUGGAAUUAAUUACAAUUGUUGUGGAGGUUCCGCGCACGCAUGAGCAUCAUCAUCGCGCAGCGCGCACUCGCACGACUACAACGCGCCUAGUUUUUUUACAUUCAAUUUGCACUCGACCGUAGCUGCGCGCGCGCAUUGUUUUAGUUUUAAAUCGGCCCGCUAUCGCGAAUAUUCCUCCAAGUUUGAUAAGAUCAUUAUAUCACCGUGAUAAGAACAAUCAAGGACUGAGUUACGGACGAAACCGUAUAGUUCACCUUCCAUAUGUGGCACCUGUUUGAUUAUUUUCAAGUGUUUAUACAAUAGAGUUUUAAAACGUGAAUUUGUGGUGAUAUUGGUUUAUCGGAUGUCGCGGCACGCACCAUGGGAACGACGAAGAGAUUGAAGAUAACUGUUGUUGGAGAUGGUAUGGUUGGCAAGACCUGCUUGCUAUAUGUAUACACUAGAAAUGAAUUUCCUGAAGAAUAUGUGCCCACGGUAUUUGACAAUUAUGUCGGCCACAUCACCGUGGAUGGAGAGGACGUAGAAAUGGCGUUAUGGGAUACAGCUGGACAAGAAGAUUAUGAACGGUUAAGACCACUAUCAUAUACGCAAACGAACUGCUUUUUAGUAUGCUACUCUGUAGGGAGCAGAUCAUCUUACGAAAAUGUAGUACACAAAUGGUAUCCUGAAUUAAAGCACUUUAGUGCUUCUGUACCUAUCGUCCUAGUAGCUACUAAAAUUGACUUGAGGUCUUCGGAUAAAGCCGUUGUCACAACUCAAGAAGGAAAGAAAUUAAAGAAAAAAAUCCGAGCAGCCCAUUUGGUUGAAUGUUCAGCACUAGAGCGGAUAAACAUGGACGAAGUAUUCGAGGAAGCGGUGCGCGCGGCCCUCCGCAAGAAACCAGUCCACAAACGCACCUGCCAAUAUCUUUGAUGAAGAAAAACGCGACACGAUUAAAUAUUUUAUUGUUUGUUACAUAAAAAUGAAAAAAUUUUACUCUAAGAAUAGGGAUUGCUUUAGAGCAAACAGGGCAGACAACAGCUGCGGCAUUUUCAACAGAACGAUGGUUUUCGCUCGACGAGUAUUAAUUUAUUAUAGGUAUUGACUUAUUUGUUAGUAUUGUUGCGAGAUUUUAUGGAAAAACUAAAUGUUUACAAUGUUUUAUAAAAACGUCAAACGAAUAUAAUCAAGAUUGAUUUUACUAUAAUAUACCUUACAUUUGUAUAGUAUAUAAUAAAUUGUUUAAAUUCUAGGCAUAUUUGAUUGUUUGGUUAAGUUUUUAAAUGAUAAAAUGAACAUAUUAUUAUAUAAUAGGUAAUCACCAAAGUUUUAUUCGUAAAUUAAUAUAAGAUGAAAUAAAUGUAUUGAAACUUCACAAAUGAAUCUAACAAGUAGUUGAGUAUUGCACUCUUUUCUAUACAGCUGUUAAUAUUCGAUGUAAACACGAAGAACAUAACAAAAUAAACAGAAUAAACGCUUAUUUCAAUCCACAA